AUGUCAGGCUUUGAUAAUUUAAACACGGAUUUCUACCAGACAAGUUACAGCAUCGAUGACCAGUCACAGCAGUCCUACGAUUAUGGAGGAAGUGGAGGACCCUAUAGCAAACAGUAUGCUGGCUAUGACUACUCGCACCAAGGCCGGUUUGUCCCUGCAGACAUGAUGCAGCCACAACAGCCAUACACCGGGCAGAUUUUUCAGCCAACUCAGGCAUAUACUCCAACUACACCUCAGCCAUUCUAUGGAAACAACUUUGAGGAUGAACCACCUUUAUUAGAAGAAUUGGGUAUCAAUUUUGACCACAUCUGGCAAAAAACACUGACAGUUUUACACCCCUUGAAAGUAGCAGAUGGCAGCAUCAUGAAUGAGACUGAUUUGGCAGGACCAAUGGUUUUUUGCCUUGCUUUUGGAGCUACAUUGUUACUGGCUGGCAAAAUCCAGUUUGGCUACGUAUACGGGAUCAGUGCAAUUGGAUGCCUAGGAAUGUUUUGUUUAUUAAACUUAAUGAGUAUGACUGGUGUUUCAUUUGGUUGUGUGGCAAGUGUCCUUGGAUAUUGUCUUCUUCCUAUGAUCCUGCUUUCCAGCUUCGCAGUGAUAUUUUCUUUGCAAGGAAUGGUAGGAAUCAUCCUUACUGCUGGAAUUAUUGGAUGGUGUAGUUUUUCUGCUUCCAAAAUUUUUAUUUCUGCAUUAGCCAUGGAAGGACAGCAACUUCUAGUAGCAUAUCCUUGUGCUUUGCUAUAUGGAGUCUUCGCCCUAAUUUCUGUUUUUUGA